GAGGACGCGUGGUGUUUCGAGAGCGUCUUUGUAUGGGAGCUGGCAGCCAGAGACAGUUCCCCUACCACGUGCUCCGUCAAAAACUGCUCACAGAAACACUGAAGGAGCCACCGGCAAGUGGAAUAGCAGCGGUCGCCGUUUGCAGCGGCACCCAAAACAUUCAUAUUGACCUUCACCAGUCUUCUUAUUCUCAAUAGGUCAUCAGUUGGAAGAGAAACAAGCUGAAACCCAAGUUUCCAAUGAAAUGGGUGCCUCUAAAGCAUCCAUUUUCAAUCUUCCUCCCUUGACAACCCCAAAAGCUAGAAACACACAGACCCUCCAACGAGCAGAUACCAAUAAGACGCUCUCUGUAGCUCCACCAAUAAGGAGGCGUUUGUUGGUCUUCUCUCUCCCAGUCUCCACCCUUCUUCUGGUUCCCUCUACAAGUCGGCCUCGCUCUUGUUCUGCUCUUCAGAGCUUCGAACCUGUUAGCCCUGCUGAGAAAGAUGCCAGUAAUGCCCUCUCUCGGCGAAUUUUCGAAGCUGUUCAAUUGCUUGAUAAAGGGAGGGAGUUGCAGGCUCAGGGAGACUUCAAUCAAGCACUCGAGUAUUUUACCACGGUGGUGAAGGAGUACAAAGAUUUUGCAUUUUCAGAGUAUGCAAGAGUGGGAAGAGCAUUGGCCUUAUAUGAGAUUGGUGAUAGAGAAGAAGCAAUUGCAGAAAUGGAAGAUGUUUCAAUCUCCCUAAAGGGGUAUCCAGAAGUACAUGCAGCUCUAGCAGCAGCCUUGUAUGUAGACAAGCACGCUCCACUGCUUGCUGAAAACCAGUUCACAAUUGCCACUCUGCUUGAUCCACACUAUACAGAUCUCUCUUAUGUAAGAGAAAAAAAGCAUUGGCCUCCAAGCUUGGUUGCUUCUUUGCAACACUUCCUUACACUUUCUUAAGACUGUUGAAUAUGUUAUAUGAGGAUAUUAAUCUUAUAAUAUAAAGACUCCUUUCAAGUUUCAACUGAUGUAUAUAUUGAAGACAUUCUUUUGAUGAGGAAUUAAAUAUAGAUCCUGAUGUUCAGCGUCA